AUGACUGCCAAAGAGUUUGAGGAGCUUGCCCUCAAUGGCCACAAUUACCCUACAUGGGCUAUGGACAUCAAGAUCAGUCUUGCGUCUUGUGGGAUAGCGCGUGCAAUACAACCCCCGGAGACUCCUCUCCCGGCUGGGGCCACGCCGCUGACAGAACAGCAGAACUAUGCUGCCUUAUUCAUCAUUAGGCACCAUAUUCAUCCAGAUCUCAAGUAUGAGUAUUUACAGGAGGAAUCUCCUAGUACUCUAUUUCUGGCCCUCAAAACGAGGUAUGAACAGCAGAAGGCAGUAGUCCUGCCAGAAGCACUCCAUGAUUGGACUCAUCUCCGUCUUCAGGAUUUCAAGUCCAUCGAAAAGCAUGAUGAGCUACUUGCUAAGAAUGGCUCUCAGCGCCCAGUUGGGGCACAACCUUUACCUGAAGUCCAUCUGAAUGUUGCAAAUAGACAAAAGUUUAAUGGUACCCCUCGGGGUAAACAAUCCAAUUUCGAGCAUAAGCGAAAGCGCAAUGGGAACAGGAGAUCUAGAUACCCAGGCAAGGGAAAAGGCACUUCAAAACCCAGGCUUGAUAAAUCUAAGCUUUGCAACAAGUGUGGAUGCUCCACGCAUUCUACUGAAAAGUGCACAAUGCCCAAGCAUCUGGUUAUGCUGUACCAGCAAUCUCAGGGACGCAAAGCACCUCAAGGGAAAAGGUUUGAAGCCAACUUCAACCUUCAUCCGGAUAGCGCAAAAGGAGCUGGUAGUUCGCACGAUGUUCCUCCUAUACCGAGCAACGCCGUGGUUCCUUAUCUGCCUGAGGCUACUGCUGAAAUGGAGAACACGUUGAUUGAGUACACCGCAAACAACGUGUUUGGCGACUUCGACUAG